AUGAGCGCUUCCGCCCCAGCCAAGAUGACCUACCGUUUCCUCGGCAACUCGGGUCUCCUGGUCUCCAAGAUCUCCCUCGGUGCAUGGAUGACCUGGGAUGACCGCUGCUCCGACGAAGGCUGGUACGAUAUCAUGACUCAAGCGUUCAAGAGAGGCGUCAACUACUACGACAACGCUGAGUGCUACAUCGGCGGCAAGUCUGAAGAGAUUGUUGGUCGCGCCAUCCAGAAGGGCAUCCAGGAAAAAGCUUGGGCCCGCGAAGACCUCGUCAUCUCCACCAAGAUCCACGUCGGCACGAAAACGGGCCCCAACGACCAGGGACUGAGUCACAAGCACCUCACUCAAGCGGCUUCAGCUCGACUACGUCGAUGUGGUCUUCUGUCACCGCGCCGAUGA